AUGCUGAGGGACGGAAAUACUACCUCUGUCCAAAUUGGGAGAAUUUAUGAACCUUCGAUAGAAGGACUAACCUCAGCAGUUGAGGGAACCCUGGCCGUCCAGACCAGGGCCAUGAGAGAAGCAGAGAAAGAGAAAGAAGAUGAAGGAAUAGAAGAACCAGAUAACGAAGCCGACGAGGCUAACGAAGAUCAAUCCAUGUCAGACGGAAGCAACGAAGACGAAGCGGAAGACGAUUGGAGAAUCCCAAUUCACCAGUACCUUGACAAAGGUACUCUCUCCACAGAUGUCAAAGAAGCUCGAAAACUCGAAUCAAAGGCAUCAAUGUACAUCCUACGAGAUGGAAUACUGUAUAGAAGGUCAUUUCUUGGACCUCUGAUGCGGUUCCUAUCACAAACCGAAGGUCGAAGAAUACUGCAUGAUAUACACAGCAGAGAAGCUGGAAAUCAUAGUGCAAGAAGGUCCUUGGCGAUCAAAUCCAAAAUGCAAGGAUAUUACUAG